GAAUGGUUAAUGUGGGGCUUGGAGAAACUCAAGUGAAUGGUUUAUUGGCUUCCCUGAACAUCCCCACAAUUACCCAGAACAGUCUGAAGGAGCGAGAAAGAGAAGUUGGGAACCAGCUGGCAUUAAUGGCUGAAGAAAGUUGUCGACAGCAUCUUAGCAGAGAAAUUGAAAUGAGUGAAGGUAACCUGUCAGCCAGUUUUGACGGAGCAUGGCAGAAGCGGGGCACAGGGCGAGCAUACAAUAGCCUCACAGGUCAUGCAUCCUUAUUUGGGGAGAAAACUAAGAAAAUCAUAGGAUAUUCAGUCAUGGCCAAGAAAUGCAGAAUUUGUGCUGCAGCCAAAAUCAAAGCAGUUCCUCCAAGAAAACACAAAUGCAGUGUGAACUGGACAGGUUCUGCCAAAGCAAUGGAGCCUGCAAUGGCCUGCCAAAUGCUGAAGAUAAUGACAAUUUUUCAUUUUCAGGUGACAACUCUAAUUAUGGAUAAUGAUUCCACAACUCUUGCAAGGGUCAAAGCAUCAGUUAAUCCAAAUAUCUCCAAGAAAUCGGACAGCAACCAUACCAAAAAGGGAUUUACUGGUAGCUUGAUUGAACUAAGCAACCAAUACAAGGUGUUACGAAAUGUCAAGGUCAGAGGACAUAUCGAGCGGUGUUUCAUGUACUGUGUCCAUCAUAAUAAAAGCAAAGAAAAACAGCUCCAAGAUGAUUUAAAAAAUAUUGUUCCACAUUUAUAUGGUGAGCAUCAUGGCUGUGGUUCUUGGUGCAAAAGUGAAAAGACAAACUACAAACACAAGAACCUACCAUAUGGAAAACCGCUGUCAUGUGCUACCUACAGUUCAAAAAUAGGUUUUGAAGAUGAGGAUAUUGACCUGCAGGAUAUUGAUUUAAAUCCCUUGAAUGCUUCCCCAGAGAGCAGUUCUCUGCUGUAUUUUGACCUAGAAACAGCAGGACUUCAAAGGACACCUGAUAUCCUUCAGAUAGCCGCAUUAUGUGAUAACCAAUCACUCAACAUCUACAUGACUCCAAACCAAACAAUUACAGAGGGAGCAUCAAGAGCUACAGGUUUGACAUACGAGGGUGGCAUUUUGAAACAUCAUGGACAGCCUCUGGAUGCAGAAGUACCUGCUAAGGGUCUAGAGCAAUUUGUUGAUUUUGUCAGGUCAUCAUCCAAACCUUUUGUGAUUGGAUAUAACAUCCAAAACUUUGAUAUUCCUGUUUUGAUGUUUCAUUUACAAAAAUGUAAUCUGGUACAUGUUUUUGAAGAAAGUGUGUCUGGUUUUAUAGACACAUAUAAAUUGUCCAAAAAAGUGUUUGACAAGGCCACAGUUGGCAACUACAAACAGGAAAAUCUAGUGAAGUGUUUACUAGGUGUAGAAUAUGAAGCUCACAAUGCUUUAUCUGAUGUGAAUAGUUUAAGAAAACUCUAUGAGGAGAAGUUGUCAAAGAAUUAUAAUUCUUCAGAUGUAUUUACUUUGUCCUACUACAAUGUCAGAGCUUCACUUGAGCCUCUUGUACAAAAGAAGGUCAUUUCUUCUCUUAUAUCUAAGAGACUCAUCAAUUGCUCUCUAAGUUUAAACAGAUUAAAACUUAUUCAUAAGAGAGACCCACAGAAUGGAAUACAAAAUGUUUUCAGUGAGCCAAUGUCUGCUUCUAAAACCCCACAAAUUUCAAAAUCCAAAAAUGUUAUUAACAAAGUUGUUCAGUUUAUGAAUACAUGUUGAAUUUUUGUUGAGUUAAUGAAUACAUGUUGAAUUUAUGUGUGUAUAUAUAUACAUAUAUUUUUAAUGGCAUGGUCAUUGUAUAUGUAUGCAACUAUAUAUAUUACUGUUACUUUGUAAUGGAGUUCAGUUGAUCACAAUGUUUCAUUUUGUGGAAUGUAAUGUGUUGAUACAUGUAUGUAGAGCACUUCCCCCAGUACAUUGUAGUAGAAUAAAUAAGGCGCAAUGGGAUUUAUGACUCCCCUCUUUUAAGCGGAGACAUUGUUUUUGUACUUUCUGUCCGUCCGUCCGUCCGUCUGUCUGUCACAAAGUCUUGUGAACACUUCUCCUCCUAUAUGACUUAUCGGAUAGACUUGAAACUUUGUACAUAUAACAAUGCUUCAUUGCAAUUUGUAGAUGUGCAUAUUGUAAGGACAGGAGGAUUCAAUUAUUUUUAGCUUGUGAACACUUCUAUGUGGCUUAUCAGAGUUCAUAGUGUCUGUUCCUUCUCAUGCUUUUUCCUCCAUAUCAUGCAGUACAUUAAGGGGAGGAGGUUUCAUUCGGAGCACCCCCAAUUUUGGGAGGUUGGGGAGACAUUUUUCUUCUUCAUAAAAACAAUAUCUAGUUAAUAUGCAGGUACUUGUAUAUUUUGAAUCUGAAAUCUUUUCAUUUUUUAGAAGACUUCAACUCAUUUUUAAAAAUUAUAUUCACUCUGCAUUAUUACCAGUAUAUGUUCAACAUCGGAUGAACAUUAGUGUAAACUGUCAUGUUUUUGGUUUUUUAUGGUUAAUUUUUUUUUAAAAGUACAUGAAUUACCAUGUUGAUAAGGAAUUAUUAUCUGUGUCUUUUCAUGAAAUUACAUAAAAUUUUAAUCCAUGAGUGAUUUUGAAUGGCUCAACUGUAUGGUGCCAGGCUUCGUUUUUUUUCCAAUGGGGGUAUACAUACUCUGGAAGCUAUAAAUUUGAAAUUAUUCAGGAAAGGUAUGGAUUUUUUUUUCAUAAAUCACUAUAAUAGAUGUACAUCUACUAAUAUAAACAGAAAAAAAUGAUAUGUAAACCAUGCUAUAAGGAAAAUGUGCCCGCAUUUGUGCGUUUUCUAACAUAUUGGAGAAUAACGCUCAUUCAAUAAUUUUGAACAUAUUGUUUUAAAACUUGAUGAACAUA